AUGAGAAACACUCAUGAAAUUCGUAAUUAUUUGCAUGCCAACUCUCUUAACACAAGACUUAUUUGUGAUAUUUGUGAAGCAAAUUAUCCUACCAAUACUAAUUUAACAAAUCUUAAAAACUAUUAUGCUAAAUAUCAUAAACAAGAAUAUCAUUUAGCAAUAUCUAAAAAUGAAGAAAGAAGAAAACAAAUUAAACAAGUUAAUCAACUACAAC